CCUGGUGGGGUGGAGGGAGAGCCCGCCCCGCCCUCUGGGGCGCGCCUCCCGGAUCGGCUCGGGUCUAUGGAGGAAAAAUUCUACGCCAGCCCUGCGAUUUCCAUGGCCGCAGCUGCCUGCGGCACCAAGGCCAUGUCCCUGUUCAAGCGGACCUUUGUGCUGAGCCCCGCCGCGGCGCCCCGGGGUACGGGCGCGGGCUCCCCGCCACGCGGCUGCCCCUUGCCUCCCGCCGCCUGGCCCUCCAAGGACUGGCCGCGCGGAGAAGGCGUCUGCGGCAGGCUGCGGAGCCCGCCGGUGGCCGGCCGCCUGCCCCAUUCCCACUCCUGCUCCGCCGCGUCUCCCACCGCCGUGUGUCUUCUCUGCCCGCAGGAUUCGCUCAGCAGCAGCUUGAAAACUUGCUACAAGUAUCUCAAUCAGACUAGUCGCAGUUUCGCAGCUGUCAUCGAGGCGCUGGAUGGGGAAAUGCGCCAUGCGAUAUGCAUAUUUUAUCUGGUCCUCCGGGCUCUGGACACUCUGGAAGAUGACAUGACCAUCAGUGUAGAAAAAAAGGUCCCACUGUUGCGCAACUUCCACUCUUACCUUUAUGAACCAGACUGGCGGUAUAUGGAGAGCAAGGACAAGGAUCGACAAGUGCUAGAGGACUUCCCAACGAUCUCCCUCGAGUUCAGAAAUCUGGCUGAGAAAUAUCAAACGGUGAUUGUUGACAUUUGCCGGAGAAUGGGAUUUGGGAUGGCGGAGUUUUUGGAUAAACACAUGACAUCCGAACAGGAGUGGGACAAGUACUGUCACUAUGUCGCCGGGCUAGUGGGAAUUGGCCUUUCCCGUCUGUUCUCAGCCUCAGAGUUAGAGGACCCCCUGGUUGGUGAAGAUGUAGAAUGUGCCAAUUCUAUGGGCCUGUUUCUGCAGAAAACAAACAUCAUUCGUGAUUAUCUGGAAGACCAACGAGAAGGAAGAGAGUUUUGGCCUCAAGAGGUUUGGAGCAAGUAUGUUAAGAAGUUGGGUGAUUUUGCUAAGCCACAGAAUAUUGACUCGGCUGUGCAGUGCCUGAACGAACUUAUAACCAACGCACUACACCACAUCCCAGAUGUCAUCAUGUACCUUUCAAGACUUAGAAACCAAAGUGUGUUUAACUUCUGUGCUAUUCCACAGGUAAUGGCCAUUGCCACUUUGGCUGCCUGUUACAAUAACCAGCAGGUGUUCAAAGGCGUAGUGAAGAUCCGAAAAGGACAAGCAGUAACUCUAAUGAUGGAUGCCACCAAUAUGCCAGCUGUCAAAGCUAUAAUAUACCAGUAUAUGGAAGAGAUUUAUCAUAGAAUUCCCAGCUCAGACCCAUCUUCUAGUAAAACAAGACAGAUCAUCUCCACCAUCAGGACACAGAAUCUUCCCAAUUGCCAGCUGAUCUCCCGAAGUCACUACUCCCCUAUUUACCUGUCAUUUGUCAUGCUCUUGGCUGCCCUGAGCUGGCAGUAUCUGAGCACCCUGUCCCAGGUCACAGAAGACUAUGUUCAGACUGGAGAGCACUGAUUGGUUGAUUUGAAUGUGGCAGAUGUCAGUGUUUGUAGCUCUAGGUGGUGGUCCCACGUUUCCUAAGAAUGCAACUGUCUUCUGCCCGUGAAGGCUAAGGAUUCACUUCUGGGUGUUCUGGAAUGGUUUCCUCAUUUAAAAGGAGAUUAGCUUUCCCAGAGAAACUGCAGGAUUACCUUUGGCCCCAUUGUAGAAGACUGGCCUCCAGUCAAGGCUGACUUUUUGAGAAGACACCAUAUGUAAAGAUACGUUUGUAAAAAAGAAUGGAAUUACUCUGCAUUUGUCAAGGGCAGUUCACUUGAAAGCCUGGAGGCACAUGGCAAAUAAGAACUCAAGAGCGGAGUUAGUGAUCGAGGGCCAGGGGGCCUGGCCCGCUGCUGCCCGCAGAGCGGACCAGAGCGGUACCAAGAGCGAGGAUCCAGCUGCCUGGCCCCGGCUCCACGGCGCCCGCCGGAGAUGAGCAAGUGACAGCAUUGCCUCACUGCCCAGCCCGUAACCUGCAUUAACUCUGCCAGCCUACUCUAAAGUGGGCCGAUUCUCUUAGCCGCAGCAGAUUUUAUUACAUCCAGGGGGCUUGUGGUUGUUGUUGUUAUUGCUUUGUCCUUUGUUUCUGUUUUUAAAAAAAAUCACGUUUAUACACUGAAGUUUCAACAAAGACAAAAAUGUUUUCAGGUGAUGGGCUGGGAAGCCAAAUGUACUUAGCCUAAUUCUUCUAGCAUCGUUGUUUGCCUUCUUCUUUACUCCCACGCAGCCGGGGUUGGUGAUGCGUUCUCACCCAGUGACUCACCGAGAAUCUCAGCCUGGACCAGGGAGGACUCCUCUCUAGGGGUGUUUGAAAAAGCCCCUCAAGCUGAGCAAUCACUGUCAUAGGGCAUUAAAGUGCUUUCUAGAAGCCA